GUGACUUCAACAUGGAAACAUACGAGACACCACAGAUCACGUGGUAUCGCGAGACAUUCGGAGAGAGGAGAUUUAUCAUGCAGUAUGAUAUUCACAACCGAAUGUCAUCGUACGGUGAGUUUGAAGGCUGGGCUGUAAGAGGAGACCGAGGGGCGCUGGUUCUACUCGGGCCGAAGUCAAGGGAUUCCGGCAACUACUAGUGUGAGGUUGAAGUGGACAACGAGAGCACUAGCUGGGUGAAAUCUACCGUGAUGCUGAAGGUCACAAAAGACACAGUUGCUACCAACGAUGACAAUGCCAAAAGUUAUCACUGGACAGUGUCGCUGAUCACUGGAAUACCGGGUAUUCUGAUUCUGUCGCUCAUCACCGCGUCGUCGUACUUACCAGCAGAGAUAUGCUGUAAGAAGAAGUGCCUAGGCAGGUCCGGCAUUCAGGAAACCCAUGAAAUGUCACCUGACCAACCCAAGGCCGCCUGUUAUAUCGCUCCCACUAAUACACAGGACCCAAUGUCUCACCUGAUGCAGCCAAUAACACAUGCACGCGCUGGGAAAGGUGGAGCUGUAACAUUUAUGAAUCAACUUAAAGAAAGACUCACUGGAAUGGUUUCUUUGGGGAAGAAUGGUGUUUAUGUCACCACAAAACAUUCGCUGUUUGAACUGAAUUUAGCGGGGACGAUUAAGAACAAACACUUUCAAACCAUCCAUGUCCAAGACAAGGAAUUCUUGUCACUGGCAAAGUUCAAGGACGGUUUGUUGAUAUGUGUCGAUGAAAGAUUAAUAACAUCAAAAUAAUACUUUCUAUAAUAGGAGCCAGAGAAUGGUGAGUUUCAUGAGGUUCUUUUGCCAGUAAAAUAUUCCAUUCUCUGGGUUCAGGAGGGGCGUGUAGAUGGAUUGGUGUAUGUGGCGUUUUCAAACCCCGACGUCAUCAGCAAGAGAAAUCUCGAAAAGAAAACUGGGGACCAGAUUUGGAAUAGUGUGUUGAAGAAACCUGAGUGCAUCCUCCAGAAUUCCCGCGGCCAGUUUAUCGUCGCGGAUUCGUUUAAAAAUUAUCUGUUUGUGUUUGAGGAAGAUGGAGAGUUUUUGUCAACUAUGAAAGUUUAUGUUCCCAAACAACCUGAAGAAAAACUGAAGUGUAACGGAAUAGCCAUUGGUGAAGACAAUAUAAUUUAUUUGUCUAGUCCAGGAUCUAGUGAUAAUAUCACUAUUUAUAUAUACUCUCUCUCGAGCAAUUCUCAAUAGUUUUCAACUAAUCUGGUCGUCACACAUUACCCGGUUUCCUGUUGUACUUGUCGCAGUACAGCUCCUAGUUUUCUCCGAAACGAAAGUUAAGGGCUGGCUGUAUGUAUGUGUCAGAGAGCUUUGACCAUGUGUCAUUACACACAGCCUCUGUAUGCGGUGUUCAGAUUUAGCGUUGAUGGGUAGACGCCUCCACACUUACAUGUAAAUCAUUCCCAUCAGCGUCUCUCCUCUCAUGACGAACAAUGGUGCCCCAUGCCGUGCCAGGACGCUGGAGAGAGUUACUUGUUUUAUGUGUUUUCGCAGCAUUUUUUGAAGCAGAUGGAAAUCUCCCUGUUAAGUGUGGGCCAUUGAUUUGUGGACAUGAGGCGUCUUGCAACGGGACUUGUGUUUGCCGGGCAUUGUACGAGUCGAAAACAAACCCAACUUUUCCAACACAAAUACAGUGGUGCGAAAAGCAAUGUACUGGUAGUGACUUUCAAUGCCCUGGUAACACCACUUGUAUGAGGAAGAACAGUCGUGAACAAGCUUUGUGCCAAUGUUCCCUCGGAUUCAACAAAACCCGUUUUGGUCAAUGCAUUGACGCUGACGAAUGCUCAGACAACCCUGGUAUCUGUGGUAACCACUCCACGUGCAUUAACACAGUGGGCAACUACACGUGUCGGUGUCAUGAAGGAUACGUUGAUGUUCAUGGAACAGGACGUUUCUGUGAGAAAGAUCCAACACCCGUCACGAAACCCAGUUUUACUGAAGAUUCAACACCUGAUACUGAAAACACAAGUAAACCAUUGGCCACAUCGACCGUCUCCCUUUUAGAAACAGGUACGCAGGUACCAGUCGGACCGAUGGCGGCAGGAAUUGGGGGAGCUAUUCUGUUCAUUUUCAUCCUUGUUAUUGUUGUUACUGUUAUCUACCGGAGACGUUCUAAAAGAUGUAACAACGUUUCAUCUGUGACGUGUCAAAACGAGGCAAUAGAGACAGACGAAUGCGAAUCGUCAAUGAAGAACGUGAGAGGUGGUAACAGGUCAACCGGUGGUGCCUGUGUUCCAUAUGAGGAAAUCGAUCUUCCCACAGUGUCUGCAAGUAACUACCUCAAAAAUGACGAAAUCACGCUUGCCACAGAAACAUCAGUGGAAGACAAAGCGGAAGUAUGGGUAGAAAACGAUAUGUACGCAAGCCACUAAUAGUCAGGUUGCCUAACUACAUUUGCGUGUUGCGUGUUAUAGUAGAGAAUGAACUUAGAGACAACAGGACUCCAAGCCCAUGAGCAGAACACCAAGGGAAGGUCACGCAUGUCGUAUUUAUGAUCUAGUGCAGAGUACGGCACCCAUAGAAAGUCUGCUGAGUCAUACAUACCUGUG